GAAGUGGUUUUGUAAAUGUGGAUCCUACCUCCUGCCUGCUCUCCCUCAGAGUGGACGAGCUUCCUCUCAAGUGGUGUUGUGGAUCUAGAAGGAUCUGUCCUCUGGAGCAAGCUACACUUUGUCUUCAUGGGAAAAAUGGAUGAUGAUGAUGAUGACAUUCCCCAGCUUUCAUCCCAUACGUUGGCUGCCCUCCAGGCGUUUUAUUUGGAACAGCAGCAGAGAGAGGGCAUUAAGACCUCCCAGGGGUUUAAUCAAUAUUCCAUUGGCUCAAUAGAAGAAGACUGGCAACUGAGCCAGUUUUGGUACAGCGAUGAAACUGCAUCAUGCCUGGCUAAUGAAGCGGUUGCGGCAGCUGGAAAAGGUGGCAGGAUAGCAUGUGUUAGUGCACCGAGUGUGUACCAGAAACUGAAAGAACAGGAUGGUAAAGAUUUUUCAGUAUGUAUACUGGAGUACGACAGAAGGUUUUCUGUAUAUGGAGAGGAAUUUAUCUUCUAUGACUACAACCACCCUUUGAACCUACCUGAAAAUCUUCUGCCACACAGUUUUGACAUUGUAAUAGCAGAUCCACCCUAUCUGUCUGAGGAAUGUCUUCAAAAAACUGCAGAGACCAUCAAAUACUUAACAAAAGGAAAGAUCCUGCUUUGCACAGGAGCAAUCAUGGAGGAACUGGCAGCAAAGCAUCUUGGUGUGAAGAUAUGCAAGUUUAUUCCAAAACACUCAAGAAAUUUAGCCAAUGAAUUUCGAUGCUACGUGAACUAUGCCUCUGGACUGGACUGAUUCUCAUAAGAUCUACAGCUUUUUCAGUCAAGCUCCUUUCUGUUUUUUUCCAGUGACUCCACGUCUCUCAAUGCUGAAAUAUUCAGCUGCAAGCACUGUUUUUCUGGGCUAGCUUUAAUCAGCAUGGUGUGAUAAUGUCUCUCUUUUAACUGUAUAAAACCUGCAGUUAUUGUGUUUUACAUCUUACCUAUUAGGUAAAUGGGGACCAAACAAUGCAGGUGCCGGAUAAUGGGAACUUCUCUGUUAGAGUUUCAUUCUAAUGGGUAGUUUUUUAUCAUUCAAGGCCUCUUCGGUGACCUCUCUGAAGUGAUUUUUAGCUGGUUGCUUGCCUCACAGACAUUGAAAUCAUCAUUGUAUCAGAACCGAUGACUUGAUCGCUAGUGGUUGGUUCAAAGAGCAUGAAUAGUGGUCUCCUUUCAGUCUUGAGAGAUGCUCCAUUAGUAAAAGGAUUGAGAGAUGUCUGUUGUCACGUGUUUUCAGAUUCAUUAUCCAGCAGGCUGAUGUUUUUGUAAAGGCUACCUAGAAGAAAAUAGUUCUCCUUCUGGAGAGGCUCUCUGGUUGCUUUUAAUAAUAAUCAGAACUACCUGCAAGUUGCCAAUUAAGAGAAAACUUACUGUCCACUAUUGCUGCCAGACUGGCUUUUUAAAAACUUGUGAUUGUUAUUUCACUUUUUCUUAACUAAGUUGUUAAAUAACUAUUUGCAGAAGUACGGUGUGUUUAUUUUGCGAUGUCUCCUUAAAAAGCUCAGUAAGGGUUUCCCCAUUAGAGAGAGCAUUACUUUCACUAAGAAUCCUGUACAUUAGCCAGGCCAAAUCACGUUGAAUACUAAGUAAUUACUGACUGAAAAUGCAACAGAUCAGCCGGGCCACGCGUUAGUGCUUCAGACUCUGUUCAUGGGUUCUUACUUUGAGUCACUUUCAGUGUUGUUUAUGAGAUAUUUCUGUAGUAAUGUUACCCAUAUGUGUUAGUCCCUUAAAUCUUGAAUCAUAAUGGAUCUGAAUAGCUAUAGUGCUUGCUUUUUAGUAGAUUUCGAUGUCAAGCAGAAGAUGAUUUACAGCUAUGUUAAGUAUGUAGUUACAAGAACAGUUUUUUCCCCCCCCAACGCCUGGUUUUAUCUUUGCCUUCUGUUCCGCAGACAGCAGCAGAGCAGUAGAAUAGAAGCGUCUUAGAACUUGUUAAGUCUUACAAGGCUGCUGAGCCAUAAUUAAAUGUAUUGAUAAACUCCCACUCCUUCUAAUAGGCAAAUGCUAAAUUUUACAUACAAAAUUUGGCCUAUAUUUCAGUCGAUUUCAAUCAAAUAGGUGAUGCAUUGGAAAAAACUUAAUUUGGGAUAGCAGAGAUUUUUGGUAACAAGGAAUUUUUAAAGCCAGUUUUGACUAACCUUUUGACUACACUACUACUGUAUUUUUGGGUGAAAGCUGGGUCAUAAAUUCCAAGACACUGAACACUUUAUCAGCUAUAAAUAUCCUAUACAAAACAUAAGUACUUGUCUGUAUGUGCUAUAUUUAUAUAUUGGGAUUUUGUAAAAGACUAACAAAAGUUGCAUCUACAAAAUCAAGCACCUAAAAUGAAGUAUUAACAAAUGUAUUUUGCAGUGGGGGAUAAACUUAAUGAAGCUUGUGAGACAAGAAUUCUAAUAAGGUAGAGCUAAUACGCCUGUUUCUGUGCAUUUCUGCUAUUUGGAUGCAGGUUUUCCCAUGGGGUGGUGUAAACAAAUGAGCAGGAACAGUGUGGAUUGAAUAUAACCCUCUCUCACUGCAUCCUGAGAUGGACACAACACUGGUUCAUAAGUACUCAUCCAAAUCACUGUCACUCUAUUCCCCAUUUCCCAAAAGAUCUGUUUACUUCCUGAGGCUUUUCCCUACUCCCAUUUCAUAUCUGCUGCUUCUUCCUCUGUCCCCUAUGUAGUGUUCCUGAAUUUCAUGACUGGCACAAAUCCGUGCUUCACAAUUGUAAACUGCUUUACUUUUAUUACCUUAAUGUCUUACACACCGAGCAGAUGCAGACAAUUAAGUAACUCCUGAAGCUUUAUUCUUAACUACGUAGAGACUUCAAGUGGGGCAGGUAUGACUGCCAGAAGGGAAUGAUAUUCUUGCCCUGCCAGCCCCUAAAUUAGAAUGUUCAAACACGAGCUUUGCCUGUGUUCCUGCUUUGCUAUGAAUUCCUUCAGUUGUCUUUAUUUUGGUAAAUGUGUAUUGUUGAGCUCUCUGUAUAAGAAUUAAGAUAUCUUUGCUAACUUCAAAGAAUUACGAUAACUUUGCAAACUUUCUUAAAAAGAGAAAACUACACCACUCGGUUGUUCCAAGGGAUUCAGUUCACCAAGAAAAUAACUGCUGCUUUUUCUCACAUGUAGGUGAGACAGCUUGGAAAAGAGAGACUGUGAAGAUGCACGUUAUGAGGGAACAUGUAAAUCUGUGGAGAUGCACUCAACAGAGCAGCCUGUUGUCCAGUGGCUUCCCUCUUAAAAGCCUGGUGAGCGCAGGCAGCUGCCCAAGCAGAGCUUGACUAGUGGCACUCAUAGCCUUCAUCAAGGAUAACAGGAAAACUGGUUUUGCCAUACUUGUUUCCAAGGAAGUAGCGGUGUUUCUGACAAGCCUGCGAGUCACAAAAAUUCAUGGUGAAUUCGUACUUUGUGCCAUUGCAGUAACUUUAAGAAAUAUUAUGUAACAGCAAAACCUUUCCUUUUUCUGUAAUAGGAUUAGGGAAAAAAAAACCUUCUGUGUCAAGUAGUGAUUGGUUUGCUUUAUUAUGGAUGGACUUCCUAUUGGAACAGACUGUGGUGAAACGUUAUCACUGUGCUGCUUUUCCAGUGGUGUUUAUGAGUGUGGAGGCAGAUGUGCGACUGCCUCUUGGCUGCAGUAACGGGCUCUGUGCAGCACCGGAACAUCUCAAUGCCCUGCUGCUGGUAUGGAUGUGACACUUGGCAGAGGAAACCUGAGGUCUUGCACACAGGCUGAUGGCUGUAGGUGGAACAGGAGAAGUCAUAGCUGUUGGUGUCUUCCCAGAUGACAAAUGAAACAUUUCUAGAAAUGCUGUUGCAUGAGUCUAAGGUGCGGCUUCUGUUAAGAUCUAACCUUGUGCUUUCCUUUAAAAAUGGUGUUGCUCUCAGUUCGAUGUUGCACGGUUAGCCUGUCUCUGUACUGCAUGAUUGCCUUCACCCCUCUGCCCAUGACCAUCUGUACCAGAGCAAGGGGUCCAGUCUACAACUACCUCAAAGGAGGUUGUAGUGAGGCAGGUGUUGGUCUCUUCUCCCAAGUAACAAGUGAUAGGAUGAGAAGAAAUGGCCUCAGGUUGCACCAGGGGAGGUUUAGAUUGAAUAUUAGGAAAAAAUUCUUUACUGAAAGAGUGGUCAAGCAUUGGAACAGGCUGCCCAGGGAACUGGUGGAGCCUCCAUCCCUAGAGGUGUUCAAAAAACUGUAUACAUGUGGCACUUCAGGACAUGGUUUAGUGGGCACAGAGCAUUGGACUUGAUGAUCUUAGAGGUCUUUAUCCAGCCUUAAUGAUGCUAUGGUUCUAGAUGGGAAAUAACUGAUGAUUGGUUUUGUCACUCUCCCUUGAUUAUUUGGAGGGUGCAGUGAGGUGGAGAAAGGGGUGUUCAGGUUCAGGU